AUGGAGGAGUUGGCUAGAGAGAGCAUCGGCUUGUUAGCCAAGCCUACUCUGGAGUCAGGCAGCCCAAACUUAUCCUCUGCCGGGGCUGUCUUUAUUAUGCUGAAAUCAUCUCUUGGAGCAGGACUUCUUAAUUUCCCAUGGGCUUUCAAUAAGGCUGGAGGUAUCACUACAGCUGUUCUCGUGGAACUGGGCUCCUUAAUAUUCCUAAUCAGCGGCCUAGUGAUCCUGGGAUAUGCCUCCUCCAUCAGCACCCAGUCCACGUACCAGGGCGUAGUCAGAGAAAUCUGUGGGUCGGCCAUUGGGAAGCUCUGCGAGAUCUGCUUCAUUUUAAAUCUCUUCAUGAUUUCCGUAGCCUUCCUCAGAGUUGUGGGCGAUCAGCUGGAAAAAUUAUGUGACUCCCUCUACAUGAACAUGACUCUGAGUGGAGAAGGGCCGCCUCCUCCCCAGCACUGGUAUACAGAUUACCGCUUCACCCUGACCGCCCUGUGCGCCCUGGUCAUCUUCCCUCUGUCUGUUCCCAGAGAGAUUGGGUUCCAGAAAUACACCAGUAUUUUAGGUACUUUGGCUGCUUGCUACCUGACCCUGGUGAUUAUAAUAAAAUACUACCUAAGAACGGAGCAAGUUAUCAUGCAUGAGCACCAUUAUUCCUCAAGGGUGUCUUCCUUGGCUUCCAUGUUCAGCGUCAUCCCAACGAUCUGUUUUGGAUUUCAGUGUCAUGAAGCCUGCAUUGCCAUCUACAGCAGCAUGCACAACAAGAAACUCUCCCUUUGGAUCGUGGUGUCUGUGCUCUCCAUGCUCUUCUGCCUGUUGAUUUAUUCUCUUACAGGGCUUUAUGGCUAUUUAACCUUUGGUGCUGAUGUUGCUGCCGAUAUUCUGAUGUCAUACCCAGGAAAUGACCUGAUCAUCAUUAUAGCCCGGCUACUCUUUGGCAUCUCUAUCAUCACCAUCUACCCAAUCGUUCUCCUGCUGGGGAGGUCUGUCCUACAGGAUGUCUGCCUGAAUGACAAGUGCAGGUCUGUCAUGCUCCUGGAGCCUUAUGAGAGGUGUACGAGGAUUGUGCUGACUGUCACGUGGAUCAUAGUGACGCUCGUCAUUGCUCUGUUUGUCCCUGACAUCAGCGAGGUCAUCAGUAUUAUUGGUGGCAUCAGCGCAUUCUUCAUCUUCAUCUUUCCAGGAUUAUGUCUAGUAUGUGCAAUGGAAACGGAACCCAUUGAACCAAGGAAAAAAUCCUGUUUGAUUGCUUGGGGUGUCAUCUCCAUUCUCUGUGGAGCUUUUGUCUUUGGCCAGAGCACCACCAUUGCUCUCAUGGAGUUGGUCUACAAAUUCUAGCUGCUUACAGGUACCCAGCAGCCUUCAGCAAGUUGCACAUCAUUUGAUCCCCUACAGUUUGACCAGUGUGUCCUGU